AUGAUGACGAACCCUUUGUUAAAUCUUUCGAUAGCGCUGUUUUUUGGCAUCACUUUUUUGUGCAUUUUUGACAGAUAUUCUCAAUGGCACUUGUCGGAUGCUUUCAACUUUGACAAGAAAUCUGAAGGGAGAGGUUUGCUGACGCAGGCGACGGAGAAUGACUUGACUCACGAUUUUUUGAAGACAUGGAGCUCUUCGGGCGCCUUGAUUUCGCCGACUUGUGGCGGGGGCGAGGCGCUGGAAUCGGGAAUCGGCGGCCAGCUGGAAUUGACGCUUGCGAUAAAGUCUUCCCCGAAAAAUUUGGAACGGAGAGAAGCGAUCAGAGCGACUUGGGGAAACCAGACGCUGUUUCCGACGAGGAGGGCGCAACUGGUGUUUUUGGUCGGACGAGACGUGCAUCCUCAAAGUGACAGGGACUUGACCUUGCUAAAGGAGGAAGCGGCGAAGUCGGGGGAUCUUUUGGUGGGCAACUUUGCUGAUACGUUUAGAAAUCUAUCUCAAAAGGACGCGCUGUUGCUCACGUGGUUGGCGACGUGUAGCUACCAAAGCAGAUUCGUCUUCAAGGGCGAUGACGACAUUUUUCUCAACCGCUUUUUGCUCGAUGAACUGCUGGAUUUGUACAAAGAAAAGGCUGAUUCCGAGCUUUUGAUCGGCUCGAUUCUUCGAGGAGGGGAGCCAGUGAGAGACCCUGAAAGCAAGAAGACAGCGAAGUCGCUUCAUUCGCAAUUGAUGAAGAUGCAGCCGAUUUCUGUCGAUGAUGCUCUCAUCGGAUUGGCGAUGAAUAAACUUGGCUUAUCAGGAAAACUUCGAAAUAAUCGCGGUUUCAAAAGCUGGGGCGAACGAAGAUCUGAAAAUGCUCUUUGCGAUUUGCUCCAAUUGGUCACUUUUCACAGCGUAACACCGGAUCAACUUUUGGACUUCUGGCGCCGAAUGACGGACGUACCCAAAUUAGUUGAUCAGUGCAGUUUCAACGAGAUUCCUCGAGAGUUGCUCAGUCUUGAUCGAAGCAGACAGCUCUAA